AUGGAUUUUCAACAUCGUGUUGGGGGUAAGACUGGCUCUGGUGGUGUAGCAUCGGAGUCGGAAGCUAACCGUGAUCGUCGUGAGCGUCUUCGUCAGUUGGCUCUGGAUACGAUCGAUCUUGAAAAGGAUCCAUAUUUUAUGAAAAAUCACCUGGGAACUUAUGAAUGCAAGCUUUGCCUCACCCUUCACAAUAAUGAGGGCAGCUAUCUUGCACAUACUCAAGGUAAAAAGCAUCAGUACAACCUCCAGAGGCGCGCACAUGAGCAAGCAAAAGAAGGCCCAGCUACUCUCCAACCAGAAAAGGCCAAAGUUGAGCCAAAGAAGUUCAUUAAAAUUGGUCGGCCCGGUUAUAAAGUUACUAAGCAGAAAGACCCAGAGACAGGUCAACAAUCAAUGUUAUUUCAAAUUGACUAUCCUGAGAUCGCUGAUGCUGCCGGUGUGAUCCCACGUCAUCGUUUUAUGUCAGCCUACGAACAGCAUGUUGAACCUCCAGAUAGGAAGUGGCAGUAUCUCCUGUUUGCCGCUGAACCUUAUGAAACCAUCGCCUUCAAGGUUCGUAGUCGUGAGGUUGACAAAGACCCGAAGAAAUUUUGGACUUACUGGAAUCCCGCAUCGAAGCAGUUUUUCCUUCAGGUGGAGUUCCGCUAUUUUCACAAUUUUGCCUACAAGCUUGAAAAUCAGUCAACAUCAUCUGCGAUGAUUCGUGAACUGGAGAUGCAGAAGGCGCGUGCUCAGCAGGCGCAGCUACAGCUUCAGUUACCUCCACCACCGCCGCCACCGCCUCCUCCACCAGCCAUUCCAUCGUUCGGAACGACGCCUUUCGGCAUAUCGCAGGCAUCGCAGCCGCCACCACCUCCACCACCAUCGCUCACUGGCAUUGGAGUGGGGGUGCCUCAGCCCCCACCUCCGCCGCCCCCCCCACCGCUUCUGGCUGCACCACCACCGCCACCACCACCACCUCCGCCAAUUGGCCAGUAG